UCAAAUGAAUUAGGAAAUUUAUUUUGAAAUAACGGUACAUUUUAAAUAACACCUUAUAACAAAUAAAUCUGUUUAAUAGCGACGUAGAAACUGGUCAAGCUUGAAUGAAUGCUUUAAUUUACUGUUUCUUCUCAAAUCUUACGUUUUUCGUGCACAACAAUGAACAUUGAAUGAAACUUAUGCACACUAUCGUUAAUUUCAUAAAUAAAUAUUAACUUAUACAAAUACGUUAUAUACAUAUAUAUGCUCUUAUGAUUACUACUCUUGUUAAAUUCGUUAGAAUUUAUAUUAAAUGCAAGUAUCGAUUAUAUUGUUUUUAUACCAGCUUAUCAAAUAGGCUUUUCAAACGCAACUUAUAUAACAAAUAUUGUAUUGAUCCGCGACUGAGGUCUUAUUGCAGGGAAUGUUGGAGUAUGCUGUCUAUGAAUAACGUUCCUAGUGCGCAAGAUGGUUGUGCUGAUAAGACAAUUUUCGAAAAAGGUUUUGUGGUUACUGACAUUGCCCUUCUCCUUAAACGAAGCAAUCCCAACUUGAAUCUUUUGAACGCGAAUUUUGCAUUAUAUUUUGGAUUUUCUUUUAGGAAUUAUAAACAUAUAAGAUUUCAUGUAAAUAAAGAAAUCAAGCAUUUACCAAGCCUAGAGCCAAACAACGAAAUACUUUUAUCGAUGCUUUUCUCAUUAAAAUUCUUACUGGGAUACUUGGGAAUCUCACUACAUUGCAAUCCCUGUAACCUAUCGUUUUGA